UUGUAUGAAGCAAAAAAAACCAUAUCUACUCGCAGAACAUCCUCUGCUUCAUAGCGAGGUGGAGGCGAGGCAUACAUGGUCGCAGGUCGCAACGGCAAGCCCUGGAUCGAUGGCGCUCGCUAGGGUUUCUCCCACCGCGUCCUCCCGUUCCUUGCUAUGCCCCUUCUCCCCCUCCGUCCUGCGCCCUCGCAUCUCCCCCCACCACCAGCGAGGCUUCCCCGUCGCCGCCUCCUUAUCUCAGGCCUCUCCUCUUCCUUCGGCGGAUGGGGAUGGGGCGGUGAUGGAGGCGACCUCCAGGCGCCCGUGGAGGCCCACGUGCCUGUACUUCACCCAGGGGAAAUGCACCAUGUUGAAUGAUACUAUGCAUCUCGACAAAUUCAAUCACAAUCUAUCAAUGGACCUUCCAGUGAAUUAUUCAGCUGCAGAUAAAGUAAAGCCUCAGAAAUUUGAUUAUUUUUUGAUCCUUGAUUUGGAAGGUAAGGUUGAAAUUCUUGAAUUCCCAGUUGUAAUGAUCGAUGCCCAAACCAGGGAGUUCGUCGAUUCAUUUCACAGGUUUGUACACCCCAGUGUGAUGAGUGAGCAAAGAAUAAGAGAAUAUAUUGAAGGAAAAUAUGGAAAAUUUGGAGUUGACCGUGUAUGGCAUGACACUGCUAUACCUUUCAAGGAAGUACUUCAAGACUUUGAAGACUGGAUUGGAGAUCACAAGUUGUGGAAAAAGGAGCAAGGAGGAGCACUCAACAGUGCAGCAUUUGUUACUUGUGGGAAUUGGGAUCUGAAGACAAAGGUACCUGAACAGUGCAGAGUUUCAAAAAUCAAGCCACCUCCUUACUUUCUGGAGUGGAUCAAUUUGAAGGAUGUCUAUCUCAACUUCUAUAACAGCAGGGCAACUGGAAUGAUGACAAUGAUGAGGGAGCUUCAGAUGCCAAUCGUUGGAAGCCAUCAUCUUGGUAUAGAUGAUGCAAAAAAUAUAGCAAGGGUUGUUCAGCAUAUGCUAGCCGAUGGGGCUGUAAUGCAAAUUACUGCAAAGAGGCAAACGCCUAUCGGCGAAGUGAAAUUUCUUUUCAAGAAUCGGAUCAGGUAAAGGAGCAGUAUGGCAUGUAAUUGUUUGCGCAGUGCAGCUAGAAGAUGUCGUCCAGCUCCGGUGAAACAGAACAAUAGCUUGGCCUCCCUCAGUAACGGCUUGGUGGAGUACUAAA